AUGGCUCCCCGCAAACGUCAUGAAGCCGCGUCGUGGGAGGUAGACGCUGACAGGCCAAAACCCGAUGGUGAGACCAGGGCUAGGAGGUCGUACUGCAUCAAAGAGCUUGUCACUCAACCCGCGCCCGGUAUCGACACCGUCAACGACAUCAUGCAGUAUGCCGUCAAGACUCAUGGCAACCGUAAUGCUUUCGCCGGUCGUGAUAUCGAUCGAAUGAUUUCCGAGGAAAAAGAAGUGACAAAAAUCAUCGGUGGCAAGGAGGUCAAGCAGAAGAAGACGUGGACUUAUUACAAGCUCAAGCCAUUCGACUGGAUGGGCUAUGUAGAUGCUUACGAACGUGUCAAACAGAUCGCCAGUGGGUUGCGGGAACUGGGUUUGGGUUCCGAGGGAGAGACAUUCUUCAACAUAUACGGGUCCACCAGUCGCGAUUGGAUGCUCGUCGCUCAGGCGUGUGCUUACUCCGCCGUACCCAUCUGCACGGCCUACGACUCUCUCGGGCCCGACGGUCUCGCCCAUUCUCUCAAUGAGACCGAAGUCCGAAGCAUGUUCACCAAUGCGGACCUGUUGGGAACGCUCGCCAAGAUCAUCAGCAAAUGUCCCACAGUCAAAACAGUGAUCUACAAUGGCAAAGCUGAAGACAAGGACCUCGCCGCUCUUCAAUCGGCCAAGGAAGACCUUAAGAUCAUCACAUUGGACGAGGUCAUCGAGCUGGGUAAGAAAAACCCUAAGGAAGCCAUCAAAGCAAAACGGGAAGAUGUCUAUUGUUGCAUGUACACUUCGGGUUCUACCGGUACGCCGAAGGGAGUGCUUCUGACACAUGGCAAUGUCUGUGCUGCCGUCGGAUCUGUCUGGACCCUUCUGUACGAACAGCUCACGCCUAACGACUCGUACCUUGCUUUUUUGCCUCUUGCUCACAUUCUCGAGUUCGUCGUCGAAAUGUCUUUCGUCUUUGCCGGUCUGCCCAUCGGAUAUGGUCGAGUCAAAACUCUAUCUGAUGCCAGCGUCAGAGAGUGCAAGCCUGAUAUCUUGGAGUUCAGACCGAGUAUUCUCGUCGGCGUCCCCGCCGUAUGGGAAACCAUCCGCAAAGGUAUCCUGACCAAGGUCGAGCACUCUGGCGCAGCAAAGAAAUCCGUUUUCAACUUUGCACUCCGGGCCAAACAAUACGCUCAGCAGUACUUCAUCCCCUUCCUUGGCCCCAUCACCGACAAAGUUGUCUUCGAUCAGGUCCGAGCGCAAACUGGGGGCAGGUUGAAGAUCAUGUUCAAUGGGGGAGGACCUGUGUCGACCUCAACUCAGCAGUUCCUCUGCACCGCUUUAGUGACGAUGAUCCAAGGGUACGGUUUGACAGAGACUACUGCCAUGGCAUGCAUCCUGAACCCAGAUUGGAUGCAGUAUGGAGCCGUCGGUGGGCCAGUGCCAGCAGCGGAAAUCAAGCUAGUCGAUGCCAAAGAGGCGGGUUAUUUCUCCACCAACAGUCCUCCUCAAGGAGAGAUCUGCGUACGUGGACCGGCCGUCUUUUCCGGUUACUACAAACGACCCGAUCUCGAUGCAGAGGCCUUCACCUCUGAUGGAUGGCUGAGGACUGGUGAUGUAGGACAGUGGAACAAGGACGGAACAAUCAGCAUCAUCGAUCGUCUCAAAAACCUGGUCAAACUUCAAAGUGGAGAAUACAUUGCCAUUGAAUAUCUCGAGAGCAUUUACAAAUCCUGUCCCAUCAUGGCUAACGGUUGUAUAAUCGCUAAUGGCGACCACAGCCAACCGAUGAUGGUCGUUGUUGCCCAUCCUGUGAAUCUGCCGACGUUCGCGAAGAAGAAUGGUCUGGGCAAGGGUGAAGACAUUGAGGAGCUAUGCAAAGAUGAGGCGGUUGUGGAAGCUGCGCUAGCCGAGUUGAAUGCUAUUGGACGUAAAGCGGGAUUGAAGGGGAUGGAACUACUGGAGGCGAUCGUUCUCACAGCGGAUGAGUGGACUCCAGAGUCUGGGUUUUUGACAGCUGCUCAGAAAUUGCAACGCAGAUACAUUGAGAAGCACUAUGCCGACCGUAUCAAGGUAGUAUACACUUGA